GACAACAAACAUGGAGGAGUAUGCCCGUGAACCUUGUCCCUGGAGAAUAGUGGAUGACUGUGGAGGUGCUUUCACCAUGGGUGCAAUUGGAGGAGGAGUGUUCCAGGCAGUCAAGGGGUUUCGUAAUGCCCCUGCAGGUGUCGGACACCGACUCAGAGGUAGUGCGAAUGCAGUGAGAGUGAGAGCUCCACAGAUUGGAGGUAGCUUUGCUGUAUGGGGUGGGCUCUUCUCCACAAUCGACUGUGGUCUAGUUCGCAUCAGGGGGAAAGAAGAUCCUUGGAACUCGAUAACAAGUGGGGCUCUAACUGGAGCCAUCCUGGCAUCACGCAGUGGGCCCUUAGCUAUGAUGGGUUCUGCCAUGAUGGGAGGAAUUUUGCUUGCUCUCAUUGAGGGUUUUGGGAUCCUCCUAACCAGAUAUACAGCGCAGCAGUUUCAGAAUCCUAUUCCUUUUGCAGACGACCCCAGUCAGUUACCUCCAAAGGAUGGAGGCCAGCAACAAGGGGCAAAGGGGCAGUUUCAGUAGAGAGCAGUAAGGACUGAGUCCAGCUGUGGACACAGUGAGUCAGACCAGAGAGUAGGGGGGGACACCAAGAGACUACAGCAGGUAUGAGGACGCCUGGGAGACAGAGAUACUGGUCCCUUCAGUGGUGUCAAGUAGUUGCACGAUGUGCUUAUAUCUCAGGGGCAAGUUACUGUGAAUUUUAGUUAUUUAUGAGUGCAUGUCUGUACGUGAACAGGGAUCCUUCGGACAAACCUCAUGUUUGCACCUCCAGCAACUCUCAACUUUCUGCAACAUUUUAGUGGUUAUUGUCUCAUUUCUGUGGCCGUUUUGGGUCAUAUGUGCAAUUCUGUAAUGUAUAUAUAUAAAAUCAAUUUGAUUACUCAACAUCUUGGGAACUUUUAAUAAUCAAGCAUCCAAAGAUUUUAUAACUGUACACAUAAAUUUAGUAAACAUUAAAACCAGUGUUUAAAUGGCUGAAAAGUACAAAUGUAGUUGUGUGUGAGGAGCAACAAAGAUGAGACCUAUUCUUCAAGUUUGUGUUUUAAUUAUGUCAGCUGGAACAAUGCAAGGACCUAUGUGUGCUUUUAAAUCAUCAUUAAAUCAUCCGUGUGCUUAUGAUGGGUUUAAGAUCAACAAAACCUCAUUCCUUUCUUUCUUUGCAGUCUCUCAUCCCCUGGCAGCUUUUGUAACUUUGAAUCUUUGUUCAACAAUCAUCAUCUUGCAUAGUAGAAUUGAUUAGCUCGAGUAAUAUCUGUACUACUGAAAAAUAAGGUCCCUAGAAACCAUAGCUUGAAUGGCUUGUACUCAGUUCACUUAGCCAGUGUUCACGCACCCCUCCUCACUUUGAUUGCUGCAUUAUCCACCAAGCAACCAAGCACUUUUUAAACUGUCUCUCUGCUCUCUUAAAUUGGUAGCAUCUGCCACAGCAGAGAGACGGUGCAGCAUGAUUCAGUGUUCUGCUGUCAAACGCUGUAUGGAGAGAAUGUUUAUUUUAUGUAUUAUCUUAAUAUAUUUAUCGUGCGUAAGUUGAUUUAAAAAAAAACAAUAAAGACAUCAAGUGUU